AUGUCUAAUUUUGUUUCAUCACCUGGUGUAAUACCAUCAGAUACAGCUCAAUUACUCAACUCACAAAUAUCAUCAUCAUAUGGAAGAGAUGUGUCUACUCCUGCUCCCAAUACAACAACUGGGCCCAUUAUGUUUUCAGAGAAUGGAGCUACUACAUUAGGCCUGCAACUGCAGCUGCAACUACAACAAGCUAAUACACAACAAAGACCAAUUGUAGCUGGUAGAAGAAGACAAAAUGCUGCUCCCAAAGUGGUUGAUGUAACGGGUGAAAAAGUUCGUGAAAGUUUUGAAAAUUUUAUUGAAGAAUUUGUCGAUCCUGAACAAUUGGAUAAUGGAUGGGAUGGGAGGAUUUACUUGGCCCAAAUUGAAUCAAUGAAGACUUUUGAAUAUAGUACAUUGUACAUUAAUUAUCAAGAUUUAAUGUCCAGAGAAAAUGGAGUGCUAGCUACUGCUAUAUCGGAACAAUACUAUAGAUUCUACCCCUUUUUGCUUAAUGGAUUGAAACGACUUUUAAAGAAAUAUGCCCCACAAUUACUUCAUACUAAUUUGUUAGGACAAGUCGAAAACGAUGAACCAGAAAGUGAAAAUAGUUUGUCUACAACUAGUGCUGCUUCAAAUGAGAGAGUUUUUCAACUUUCAUUCUUUAAUUUACCAAUAGUACAAAGGAUUAGGGAUGUUCGUUCAAAUAAAAUUGGAUCGUUGAUGACCAUAUCUGGUACAGUUACUAGAACUUCUGAAGUUAGACCUGAGUUGUACAUGGGAAGUUUUACUUGUGAUAUGUGUUCAGCAUUGAUUGAAGGUGUGGAGCAAAUUUUCAAAUAUACUGAGCCUACUUCAUGCCCAUCUUGUGAAAAUCAGUCGUACUUCACUUUGAAUGUUUCUAAGUCAUUGUUUAUCGAUUGGCAAAGAGUUAGAAUUCAAGAAAACGCCAAUGAAAUCCCCACUGGAUCAAUGCCAAGAACAUUAGAUGUAAUUCUUAGAGGUGAAACAGUGGAAAGAGCUAAACCUGGAGACAAGUGUAAAUUCACAGGCUGUGAAAUUGUUAUUCCUGAUGUAUCGCAAUUGGGUUUACCUGGAGUUAAACCACAAUCCAUCAAGGAAAAUAAAGGAGGUUCAGAAUUAAAUUCUGGAGUUUCUGGAUUGAAGACCCUUGGAGUUAGAGACUUGACCUAUAAAUUGGCAUUCAAUGCAUGUCAUGUGUGUUCCAUGGUUAAUAAAGUUGGUAAUGAACGAGAUGAAGAUAAUGAUAACUCCGAUGCUUAUUUGCUUUCAUUACCACAGUCUGAAGUUGAUGAAUUGAAAGAAAUGGUUAAAGAUGAGUAUAUUUAUGAUAAAUUGGUACAGUCUGUUGCGCCAGCUGUAUUUGGCCAUGAUACUAUCAAAAAGGGUAUCUUAUUGCAGCUCCUCUCUGGUGUUCAUAAACAAACUGUUGAUGGAAUCAACUUGAGAGGUGAUAUCAAUAUCUGUAUCGUUGGUGAUCCUUCCACUUCGAAAUCACAGUUUUUGAAAUACGUUUGUGGAUUCAGUCCACGUGCUGUUUACACCUCUGGGAAAGCAUCUUCAGCAGCUGGUUUGACUGCUGCAGUGGUGAGAGAUGAAGAAAGUGGUGAAUAUACCAUUGAAGCCGGUGCAUUGAUGUUGGCGGAUAAUGGUAUUUGUGCUAUUGAUGAAUUUGACAAGAUGGAUAUCGUAGAUCAAGUGGCAAUUCAUGAAGCUAUGGAACAACAAACGAUCUCCAUUGCUAAAGCUGGUAUUCAUGCAACUUUGAAUGCUCGUACAUCCAUUCUUGCUGCAGCAAACCCAAUUGGCGGCCGAUACAAUAGGAAAAUUGGUCUUCGAUCAAAUUUAAACAUGACAGCUCCCAUCAUGUCAAGAUUUGAUUUAUUCUUUGUCAUUUUGGAUGAUUGUAAUGAACGUGUUGAUACUCAAUUGGCAUCACAUAUUGUUGACUUACAUAUGCUCAGAGAUGAAGCUAUUGAUCCACCAUAUUCAGCGGAGCAAUUAUCAAGGUAUAUCAAAUAUGCAAAGACAUUCAACCCCAAGAUGACUAAACAAGCUAGAGAUUUCCUUGUUACUAGGUAUAAGGAAUUGCGUGAUGAUGACGCACAGGGCCUUGGUAGAUCUUCAUAUAGAAUCACAGUGCGUCAGUUGGAGUCAAUGAUUAGAUUGAGUGAAGCUAUUGCUAGAGCCAACUGUACUGAAGAAAUUACACCUGAUUUUGUUGCUGAAGCGUACGACUUGUUGAGACAAUCCAUUAUCAGAGUUGAGAUGGAUGAUAUUGAAAUGGAAGAUGAUGAACCACAAGAGGGAGAAGCGGACGCAAACGCCAUGGAUGAGAAUGAUAGUGCCCCAGCUUCCAGCUCCUCCAAAACCGAUCCAACAACAAUAUCAUACGAUAAAUACGUCUCGGUGAUGAACUUACUCGUCAAGAAAAUUUCCGAAGAUGAUAAAGCUGGUGGUGAAGGCUUGUCGGCUGAUGAAUUAGUUGAAUGGUAUUUGCUCCAAAAAGAAGAAGAUUUAUCUAGUGAAGCUGAAUAUUUACAAGAGAGAAAGAUUUCCUACAAGGUAUUAAAACGUUUGGUUAAAGAUAGGAUCUUGAUGAGUGUUUCUAAUAAUGAAGGGGAUGAUGAAGAGGCAGGAACUACAACUUCUUCGACAAAAACAGUCUAUAUCAUUCAUCCAAAUUGUGCAAUUCUUGAUUUCUUUGAAAGAGAUGAAAGAGAAAGUGAACAAUCUACUUGA